AUGACGUCAUUUGAAUAUCAUGCUGCUGGCUUGUCUAUUCCAAACUCCUCUCUUAUGCAUCGCCGUUUCAACAUGACAAUAACCCCACAGUCCAAUAUCCACGUAACCAUUCGCCAGAUUUCAGAAUGGCGCAACAUCCCGAAUACAUCGAUCCAAUCCAAACCACUCAUGAUAUACCACGGAGCUUUCAACGCUACAUCCGCGGAGCUUGAGGCACAUCUGGAAGAAGUGGCUGAAGUUAUACCGCAAUGGGUAUAUACCAUGUACAGCCAGACCCAUUUCCAUUCCACGACACACGAAGUACUCGGAGUCGUGUCGGGGAGCGCGCGUCUUUGCUUUGGUGGCGAGGAUAAUCCCGAGCGAUUCGAACCGAGCGUUCAGCGCGGCGAUCUGAUUAUUGUUCCUGCGGGAGUUGGACAUCGGCUCUUGGAGGACCUGCAUGGGAACCAGGAGGAGUUUCAAAUGGUCGGCGCCUAUCCUCCCGGCAAGCAGUGGGAUAUGUGCUAUGGGAAACCAAACGAGAAAGCGAAGGUGCAGAGCAUAAAUAAUGUGGCCUGGUUCCAACGUGACCCGCUGUACGGUGUCGACGGGCCUGCUCUGCAUGUCUAG